GCGGAAGUGAGGGGUUGGAGGCAGCGUGAGCGAGCCUGAAAGGAGAGGCUGAGCGGAGUGGGAGAUCCAGGCAGGUGCUUUGGGAGAAGAUCUAGGGAGACGCACAUGAUGAUUUGAAGCACCAUGCUGGUCGCUGCCUACGUCGCUUUUGCUUUCCUCCUGGUGAUAUGCAUCGGCCUGGAAUUCUCUGCCUGCCGUUCCAAGCUCACUGGCAGGUCUUGCGCCAAUCCAGCUUUCUUGCGCUUCCAGGUGGACUACUACCAGGUCUACUUCUUGGCUCUUGCAGCUGAUUGGCUGCAAGGACCUUACCUUUACAAACUGUACCAGCACUAUCACUUUCUGGAGGCCCAGAUUGCCAUCAUCUAUGUCUGCGGUUUCGCCUCCACGGUGCUGUUUGGGCUGGUCUCCUCUUCCCUCGUGGACCGCUUGGGCCGCAAGAAAUCCUGCAUCCUCUUCUCCUUAACAUACUCUGUCUGCUGCCUUACGAAACUCUCUUGGGAUUAUUUUGUGCUGAUCAUCGGGAGGAUAUUGGGAGGGCUGUCCACCGCCCUGCUGUUCUCCGCCUUCGAAGCCUGGUACGUGCACGAACACGUGGAGCGCUAUGACUUCCCAGCGGAGUGGAUUCCUGCUACCUUCUCGAAGGCGGCCUUCUGGAACAGUGUCAUCGCCGUUGGAGCAGGAGUGGUGGCGAACGUCUUUGCCGAAUGGCUGGGCUUGGGCCCCGUGGCCCCGUUCAUGGUCUCCAUCCCCUUUCUCGUGAUGGCUGGUGUCUUGGCUAUGAAGAACUGGGACGAGAAUUAUGGCAAGAAGCGGGCGCUCUCCAAGACCUGCACCGACGGCCUGAAGUGUCUCCUCUCCGACCGCCGAGUCCUGCUCUUGGGCACCAUCCAAGCCUUGUUUGAAAGCGUAAUCUACAUUUUCAUCUUCCUCUGGACACCUGUCUUGGAUCCCCAUGACCCACCACUGGGCAUCGUCUUCUCCAGCUUCAUGGUCGCCAGCAUGGUGGGCUCAUCGCUCUACCGCAUCGCCACCUCCAAGAAGUACCACCUCCAGCCCAUGCACAUACUCUCCCUCUCGGUCUUGAUCGUUUUCUUUUCCCUUUUCAUGCUGACUUUCUCGACCAACCCUGGUCAGGAGAACCCUCUGGAAUCCUUCUUGGCCUUCCUCCUCAUCGAGCUCUCUUGCGGACUCUACUUCCCUUCCAUGGGGUUUCUCCGGCAGAAGGUGAUCCCUGAGAAAGACCAGGCUGGCGUCAUGAACUGGUUCCGCGUCCCUCUCAACCUGCUGGCCUGCCUCGGCCUGCUUAUUCUCCACGACAGUGACUACAAGACGGGCACCAGGAACAUGUUCACCAUCUGUUCCGUCAUGAUGGUGAUGGCCCUCCUGGCCGUUGUAAGCCUCUUCACCGUAGUCCGUAACAAUGCGGAGCUCAGGAUGCCCAGCCCGGCGGGUCACACUGAGGCCUCUUCUCCUGAGCUCUGAUCUUGCGCAUUGAGAUACUGCGCUUGGGAUACAGACUUUGGUGCUCAGCUGUGGUGCAGUUGUCUUUCACUUGUUGAUGUGACAGGAGAGGGUGUUGGAGCGGACUCUACACAGAGAACUCAGGGCCUCUGCUGAAUACUGUGUGUCUUCCAUAAGGGGAAAAAAUUUUUUUUUGCUCUUUCCUAUAAAGUUGGUCCACUUCAGACUGCUUGGUCAAAUGUUGCUUUCUUCUCUGCACUUGGGAGUUCUUGAUUCCAAGAGCUUGACUUCUGCUAGCAAACCCCAGGGGCUGCCUCUCAUGCCACUAGCUCCCGCAGUGGUCAAGAGAGGAAUAGGUGGUGGCAAAUUAGAAGGACACAACCUCUUUUUUAAAAAACAAAAAUUAAAAUGAGCAGCGGGGUGAUAGGUAUUGAUAUUUAUCAGCAUCAGUUGGACUGGGUUACACAAUA